GUGGCGGCGUCCAAUCGCAGCAUCCCACCGAGAUCGCUCCCCGUCCCCCGCGGCUUAUCCCCUAUCCAGGCCUCCUCCCCCGCUCCUUCCACACAAACUCACACACCACCACCGCCCCCAUGCCCCUUCCUCCUCUCCUCCCCGCCAUGGCUUCCACCUUCUCCCCCACUUCCGCCGCGAGGGCCCUCCUCCCGGCCUCCACCUCCCGCCCACUCUUCCUCGCCGCAGCUUCCUCAGGUCGCAUUCAACCAUCCAGGAAGGGGCUGGACUUCCGCCGCGGCCGGUUCACCGUCUGCAAUGUCGCCGCCCCCACCGCCGCCGAGCAGGAGGCGACGGCGUCGUCGGCCGCGAAGGAGAGCCAGCGGCCCGUGUACCCGUUCGCGGCCAUCGUGGGGCAGGACGAGAUGAAGCUCUGCCUGCUGCUCAACGUCAUCGACCCCAAGAUCGGCGGCGUGAUGAUCAUGGGCGACAGGGGCACGGGCAAGUCCACCACCGUGCGCUCCCUCGUCGACCUGCUCCCGGACAUCCGCGUCGUCGUCGGCGACCCCUUCAACUCCGACCCGGACGACCCAGAGGUGAUGGGGCCUGAGGUCCGCGAGCGGGUGCUGCGUGGGGACGCCGGCCUCCCUGUCACCACCGCCAAGAUCACCAUGGUCGACCUGCCCCUCGGCGCCACCGAGGACCGCGUCUGUGGCACCAUCGACAUCGAGAAGGCGCUCACCGAGGGCGUUAAGGCGUUCGAGCCCGGCUUGCUCGCCAAGGCCAACAGGGGCAUACUGUACGUCGACGAGGUCAACCUGCUGGAUGACCAUCUCGUCGAUGUGCUGCUGGAUUCCGCUGCGUCGGGGUGGAACACGGUGGAGAGGGAGGGUAUCUCCAUAUCCCACCCUGCUCGCUUCAUCCUCAUCGGCUCUGGUAACCCGGAGGAAGGGGAGCUCAGGCCACAGCUGCUGGACCGGUUCGGGAUGCACGCACAGGUUGGUACCGUCAGGGAUGCCGAGCUCAGGGUGAAGAUCGUGGAGGAGAGAGCUCGUUUCGACAGGGAUCCAAAGACGUUCCGUGAGUCGUACAAUGAGGAGCAGGAGAAGCUCCAGCAGCAGAUAUCAUCUGCACGGAGUAACCUUGGCGCUGUGCAGAUUGACCAUGACCUCCGUGUCAAGAUAUCCAAGGUGUGCUCUGAGCUGAAUGUUGAUGGACUCAGAGGCGACAUUGUGACUAACAGGGCUGCCAAGGCUCUGGCUGCGUUGAAAGGAAGGGACAGCGUCACUGUGGAGGAUAUUGCUACUGUCAUUCCAAACUGCUUGAGGCAUCGGCUCCGGAAGGAUCCGCUUGAAUCCAUUGACUCGGGUUUGCUUGUCAUUGAGAAGUUUUAUGAAGUCUUUAGCUAGAUUGUUCUUGAGGUAAACGUUCCUUAGUCACAAAUUUUGGCAGGAACCCUCUUGUUCUGCUGUUCUAGUAAUAUCUGGAGCUUGAAUUUGGUAUCAAUUUUGUGCACCUAGCAUCAUGAUAAUGUAGAAUCCAUUCCCUUCCAUUUGGAAUGCAUGCUAUGAGCAUCAUAAUGCUCUUUGCAUUUCAGUCUUCCUUGUAAAUCAAUGUUACAGCAUUGGAUGCUAAUAAUGUAUUAUCUUGUGCAUCAGUUUGAAUUUCUAAGUAUUCGUGA